AUGGUUCCAGAAGCCUUCAGUCUCACAGAGCAUAUGAGAUGCUCUGAGAUUGCUUUGAAAGAGAGGAUAAAGGCUUGUAGUUUCAUCAAUGAAGAGGGAUACAAACCAGGAUUGGAUAAGGAUGUAUCAGGAAAUAGUUUAGCAACACUGAGCACAUGCAGUGAUAGCUUGCAGCAAUCAAUUGGGGCAAUAAGGGUGACUGAUAUUCCAGGAAGGACUAAUUCAGUAGUCACUAGUAACCUAAUUAGCAUAAGAUUGCUUUCUUCUCUGUUAAUUUUUCUGUCUGUUUUCACAGCCAUCGAAAAGGAAUUAGAAGCAUUCCAUGAAAAAACUCCAUUGGCUUUCUCGAGUAUGCAAGACAUCCGACACUUCAUUCUUUUGUCUACAGUAAUGACAUGGGCACUCACAAAGCCAGUGGAUCCUGAAGAACCAGAUCUGCCCUUUACAGAGAAUGACUAUCGAAAGAGGAAGCCUCAUCCAAACUAUAAACAGCAUAUUGAACUUGAACAUGAAGUGGUCCAGGUAGGGAAAAAGUUUCCUGAAAAAUUCAAAACAAUAGUGAUUGCAACUGGUGUAAGCUAUGGCUAUGAAGAAGAAGUUUUACAUUUCCUUUUCAAGAUGGCAUGGCAUAACAAACCAGAACUGCCAGUUUUUGGGAGUGGUCGUAACCACAUACCACUUAUUCAUGUGAAGGAUAUUGCCAUAUUGAUUUAUCUAUUGUUAGAGGAUUUUCCAAAAAAACGGAAGUAUAUUUUGGCUGUGGAACAAAUAUCAUCAUCCCUGAAGAAAAUUGUCAAGGCAGUGAGUAAAGGACUGACAACUGGUGAAUAUAAGAAGGUGCCUAAAGAAGAAGCUUUCCUUAUUCCUUCGCUGACACAACAGAUAUUUGAAAUGCUUACUGUUAAACUGAAAAUGGAAUCAAGUUUCCUUUCUGGUGACAGCCUUGGAAUGAAGUGGCACUCAGAACCAGGUUUUGUUGACAACAUUCAAAAUGUCGUAACUGAAUAUAGAAAUGCUAGAAAACUUAAGAUCUAUUGUUACAUAAUUUUUGUGACAUUAUUUAAAAAAGAACAGAAAAGUAUGUUGCCUUCUGCGAGAUCAGAUUCUUUGUGUAUAGCUACAUCUUUGGUGCUGCUUGCACUGACACACAAGACACAAGAUGAUACCUUUGACUUUAAACAACUUUUUCCAUAA